AUGUGUUGACAGGGUUAAAAUAGGUUAACCUCAAAAUUUGCACGUGUCAAUUUAAAUGAGGUAAAUCAACAAUGGGUCAAAAAAAGAAAAUAGGAAAACAGCGUAAAGAUAAGUUUUAUCAACUCGCCAAAGAAACUGGUUUUAGAUCGAGAGCCGCCUUCAAAUUAAUUCAGUUGAAUCGUAAAUUUGAGUUUCUUCAAAAAUCGCGAGUAUGUAUCGAUUUGUGUGCAGCUCCGGGAGGUUGGAUGCAAGUUGCCAAACAAAAUAUGCCUGUUUCAAGUAUCGUUAUAGGUAUAGAUUUAUUUCCAAUAAAACCUAUACCAGGUUGUAUAAGUUUGGUCGAGGAUAUAACUACGGAAAAAUGUAAAACGGCGCUAACAAAAGAAUUACAAACGUGGAAAGCGGACGUUGUUCUUCACGACGGUGCUCCAAACGUAGGAAAAAAUUGGUUACACGACGCUUACCAACAAACUUGUCUAACUCUCAGUUCGUUAAAACUAGCUACCCAAUUUUUGAGACGUGGAGGUUGGUUUAUAACAAAAGUUUUUCGAUCUAAAGAUUACAACGCUUUAGUUUGGGUAUUGAAACAACUAUUUAAAAAAGUUCACGCUACUAAGCCUCAAGCGUCACGUUUAGAAUCUGCCGAAAUAUUCGUCGUUUGUCAAAAUUACAUAGCGCCAGAUAAAAUAGAUCCCAAAUUCACGGACCCCAAAUAUGUUUUUCAAGAAUUAGAACUCGAACCCAAGAAUAAAUUGAACGUUUUCCAUCCGGAAAAGAAGAAGAAGGAUAAAGCCGAAGGUUAUCCGGAAAAUGAUUACACUUUAUAUCACAAAUUGAACGUAUCCGAUUUUGUAAAACAUGAAAAUGGAAUCGACUUAUUACAAAAUACUUCUGAGAUUAUAUUUGAUGACCCGGCAAUUUUAAACCACGAAAAAACUACCAACGAAAUCAAACAAUGUCUUAAAGACAUUAAAGUGUUAGGAAGAAAAGAUUUGAAGAACGUCCUAACUUGGAGAAAAAUCCUACAUGAAGAAUACAAGAAAACUACGAUAGGAGAAGAAGAAAAAACUGAAAUAGACAAAGAAUUACAUGAAGAAGAUACUGAAUUGAAAGGAGAUGAUGAACUUGGAGAUAUUGAUAAACAAAUAAUUAAUCUACAAGAAGAAGAAGUUAGAGAACAUAAACGUAAGAAGAAGAAAGUGCAAAAGGAACGAAAAAAAUUAAAUGAACGAUUAAACUUGAAGAUGAUUUUAAAGAAUGAUGAUGGACCCACUAUGGAAGGUGAUGAUUUGUUUUCCUUAAAACAAGUCCCAAGUGAGAGUAAAUUGAAGAAGAUAAUCGAUCAAACACCAGAUACGGUGGUAAAUUCAGACGAUGAGUUUGGGGAGAAACAACCGGCGCCCAAAUAUACAAAGUACGAAAAAGGACAAGGACAUCUGGAUAGUUCAGGGACGUAUUACAAAGAUUCUGAUUCGGAAUUAGAAAUGGAAAGUGAGGAAGAGGAAAUUAAGGAAGGUUUAGGAUUCGAAGAGGAAAAUGAAGAAGAACCACCGGAAAAGAAAAAAUUAAUAGAAAAAGAAGAUCAUCCUUUAAUUACAGAUCUAGAUUAUAGAGACAAAGUGAAAAAGAAGACUCACAAAGCGGAAUUGUGGUUCGAGAGGGAUGUUUUUAGGAAUAUAUUGGACGAAAAGGACGAAGAUGCCGAUUUGGAUAAGAUGGUGAAAGAUUAUAAGAAAAAAGGAGUGAAAAUCCUCGGAGAAGACGAUGAAAAUGGAGAAAUUAACGAGAAGAUGAGAAAAGAAAUUACUGAUAGUGAUUAUAGUUCAGACGAAGAUACUGAUGAAGAUUAUGAUGUUGAAAAAGAAGUCACGGUUAAUAAUAAGAAGAAAGAUGGUUUCGAGAUUGUUAAAAACGCAACUGCAGGAAAUAAAAGAAAAAAACACAAAUUAACGUCGGAAGAUCUAGCUAUGGGAACGAUGAUGGUGAACAGUAAAAAAACAAAAAGAGAUUUGAUAGACGCCGCUUGGAACCGAUACACGUUCAACGAUGAAAAUUUACCAGAUUGGUUCGUACAGGACGAAGAUAAACACAUGAAAAGGGAAGUUCCGGUACCAAAAGAAUUGGUGCAAGAAUACAAUAAAAAAUUGGAAGAAAUCAACGUGCGUCCGAUUAAGAAAGUAAUCGAAGCUAAAGCGAGGAAGAAGAAGAGAGCCCUGAAGAAACUCGAAAGGGCCAAAAAGAAAAUGGAGGCGCUAAUCGACAAUCCGGAGAUAUCCGAACAAGAAAAAUCCAAACAAGUUAAACAAUUGUAUAAAAAGGCGAGACAGGAACCGAAACGAGAAGUGACGUACGUAGUGGCUAAAAAACACAUGUCUGGUAAAAGGAUGAGCAGGCCGAAGGGUGUUAAAGGACGAUAUAAAGUGGUGGAUCCUAGAAUGAAGAAGGAUGUUAGGGCGCAGAAGAAUAAAAUGAAAACCAUGGGUAGGGGUAAAAAAGCCGCAAAAGGUGGUAGAAGUAAAGGGAAUUUUAAAAAUAAGAGCAAAAGUUCUUGAAAUUUGUAAAAAAAUUAAUAAAAUUGUUUAUAAUUAA